AUGCUGACACAGCUUGAAUCGCAUAGAUAUUUGCAGGAAUCAGGCCAUGGAGAAGCGGCUGUCAUGCUCCAACGGGCAUGGAAUCCCGAUCCACAAAAUCUACCAUUUGCACCGUACAUACAGUCUCACGCGCUUAUAUCGUUAGUGCAGAAGGGCCUUCAGUACCAUGAUCUCGAACGAUCAAUAGACCAGAAUGGAAAUAUAAUACCCGAGUCACGGACACCCUUUUUUGGGCCUCUUAUGGCCAAACCCAGUUCGCCGCAGGCAGCCGGUGAACAGGAAACAACCAACGGAUCAGUUGGCGAGGGACCAUCCAUACCUUCGUCUCCAAAGACCGUUGGAUCUCGCAAAUCUGCCCCCGAAGCCUCAACAAAUGGACACGCUCAAGAUGAUCAAACUACCCGUAAAACUAGCGACGGCGGCGACCACGAAGAAGGCGAUGCGUCAAUAAACUCUGGCACACCUAUGGAGGUUGAUAAACAGCAGGAUGGAACUCGAUCAAAGUCUCCGAAAUCUCCAUCUCGGCCAUCAUCACCCGCUGUCGAACUAGUGGUUGAUGCCGACGGAGAUGUAGGGAUGUCUGCACCACCGACUCCCGUAUAUACAUUAACGAACGGACAGAGCGUUGGUGUUCAAAUCGCGCCUCCAAAGGCCAUCGAUUUGACUACAGACACCGUUUUGCUGGAUGUUGGCGCAGAUAAUCAUGUGACUAAAACUGCAUGGCGGCCGGGCGAUUCACUUUUGGUCGGAGCCAGCGCAGAGUCAUAUUGCGGGCUUUGGAAGCUAACAGGGCAGCGCUCGUCUAGUUCACCGGGUCAUGAGAUAUUAACCAAUGCCGCAAAUGUUACCGCUAUGGAGUGGGAGCCAGCGGGCAACGUUCUAGCCGUCGCCACAUACGCCGAUUUUGAGGGCGCUGUCAGCCUUUAUAGCCCGCAAGGGAAGAUGACAAAGUCUCUGCCUAAUAUGCCUGGAUUGGUAUCGGGGCUACGAUGGUCUGGGAAUGGGGACCGGAUUAUGUUUACUGUCUCUGAUGGCAGCCAGUCGAAAUUGCUCAUGUGGGACAAGGAGAUAUCUGCUACCGAAUACGUCAAUAGCCAUCUUAUCGACGGAGCGAUCUAUGAAGUUGUGUGGUCUGCAGAUAACGAAGUAUACGCCUGCGGCGACGGGGCUAUUUAUCGGUUCCACGUCACGAACGAGAUCGAGCUUUCCGAAACGUUCCGCUGGGAGGAAUAUUCCCAGGAGCCGUGGACGCUCAUCAAAUCAGCACGGUGGAAGGAAUCGAGUGUGGUUGCCACUGUAUCAACUUCUACCUCGACGUCUAACAUCUGGAUACCCAGUCACGAUAUCAAGCUCGAAUCUGCACACCACGGAAUAAUCACAUCUCUCGAGUUCCGACCACACCCAAAACCUCAAUCCCACCCCCAGCCUCUAAUGAACGGGACAGGGAAAGACCCUGCUCUCAUUUUAGCCACCUCAUCCAUGGAUGAGACAAUCAAGAUAUGGGGCAUCGAUUCGGUUUCAAAGACGUUAAACUGCGUUCAUCGUCUUUUCCUCGGCCCGUCGUUGGCGGCGCUUUCGUCCACGUUCUCCCCCGAUGGCUACGCUAUUGCAGCAGUCAGCUACGAUAAGUUAUUUAUCUGGAAUGCAGAGAGGGGGGGUACACCGAUGGCGACCUGGCUUAUACCGAAUGAGAAAACAAAUGAUGAAUCAAGUCAGGAUGAUGCCAAUGGUACCGCCAACGGCAAUGCAUCCAUGCUUGACCGCCCCCUUUCAUGGGACAGUCAUGGAAAGAAACUGGCGCUCGGUUUCGGUAAUAUGAUUGCAAUCGUUAACCUUCAGCGAUAA